AUGGCAGCCGAGCGCGGUCGGCUGCUGGGCAGAGCAGGCGCGCCCCUUUUCUCCCGGGGCUGUGCGGGGACGAGGGUCUCGCUGCGGCCAGAAUACGACGCUGUCGUGGUCGGGGCGGGACACAACGGACUGGUGGCGCACCUGCUGCUUCCACAGGCUGCGUACCUGCAGAAGGGGGGGUUGAAAACGGCAGUGCUGGAGAGACGACACUUGGUGGGGGGCGCUGCAGUCACCGAGGAGAUUAUCCCAGGUUUUCGGUUCUCCAGAGCUUCCUAUUUGCUCAGCCUGCUGAGGCCCCAGAUUUACUCAGAGCUGGAACUGAAGAGGCAUGGCUUAAGGGUACUCCUGCGUGACCCUUACUCCUUCACCCCACUGUUGGAGGAGGGUCAGGGUGGAAAAGCCCCUCGCUCGCUGCUGCUGGGGAACAACAUGGCCGAAACACAGUCCCAGAUUGCUCAGUUCUCUGUGAAGGAUGCCCAGGCCUUUCCCAAGUAUGAAGCAUUUAUGAACCGCUUGGUGUCCGCCAUAGAUCCCUUGUUAGACACCUGUCCUGUGGACCUGGCUGAAUUCAGUCAGGGCUCUCUGCUUCAGCGCCUCAGGGCCCUGCAAGGCGUGCAGAUCCUGUUUCGUGCAGGCUUUGCUCUGGGGAAACAGCUUCCCCAGUAUUACCAGGUCCUCACAGCCCCCAUUUCCAAGAUCUUGGAUCUCUGGUUUGAGUCGGAGCCCUUGAAAGCAACGCUGGCCACAGAUGCAGUGAUCGGUGCCAUGGCUGGUCCCCAUACUCCAGGCAGCGGGUAUGUGUUGCUGCACCAUGUCAUGGGUGGACUAGAGGGGCGCCAGGGGGCCUGGGGCUACGUGACCGGUGGCAUGGGGGAGCUGUCCCAGGCCUUGGCUCGCUCUGCUACCACGCUUGGGGCUGAGAUCUUCACUGAGAAGACAGUUUCCCAGAUCCUUUUAAGCUCUGAUGGGAAGGUACGAGGUGUUGGCCUGCAGGAUGGAACUGAAGUGAAGAGCCGAUUGGUGCUAUCCAAUGCAUCUCCGCAGCUCACCUUUCUGGAAUUGACCCCAAAGGAGCAACUGCCGCUGGAGUUUGUGCAGAGACUCUCACAAUUUGACACACGCUCUCCGGUCACCAAGAUCAACGUGGCUGUGGAUCGGCUGCCCAAUUUCCUCGCGGCCCCAAACACCAGCGAUGGGUGUCCUUUGCCUCAUCACCAGUGCUCCAUCCACCUGAACUGUGAGGACGUGGACAUACUGCACCAGGCCUUUGAGGAUGCCUCUCAUGGGAAGCCCUCUAGCAGGCCCAUGAUUGAGCUGUGCAUCCCAUCUGCCCUGGACCCCACCCUGGCUCCCCCCGGCUGCCAUGUGGUCUCUCUCUUCACUCAGUACACCCCUUAUACACUGGCUGGAGGGAGGCAAUGGGACAAUCAAGAGCGUGAUGCCUAUGCUGAUCAAGUUUUUGACUGUGUUGAGGCCUAUGCGCCUGGGUUCAAGGCCUCCGUCAUUGGCAGAGAUGUUCUAACACCACCAGACCUUGAACGGAUCUUCGGCUUGCCUGGCGGGAAUAUUUUCCACGGAGCAAUGUCUUUAGACCAGCUGUAUUUUGCCCGACCGGUGCCCUACUACUCUAGCUACCGGUCUCCAAUCCGAGGCCUGUACCUCUGUGGCAGUGGUGCUCAUCCUGGAGGAGGUGUAAUGGGAGCUGUGGGCUGCAAUUCUGCUAGGACAGCUCUGGAGGACUUCAAGAAACUGUGACCCAGUUGGAACGCUUGAGCUGUCCUGGCUCAGAAAACUGGACCAGUCGGCAGCCAGAAGUAACUACUGAGCAGUUUCUCCAGACCUGGUUCCAGGCAUCCCUUUUCAGGG